AUGAAGAUCAUUCUAUUCGUUCUUGUGUUACUACAAAUUUCUAUUUCAUCAGCACGCACAAAUAAAUGUGAAUUAAUAUCAAAUGAUAAUAUUCAAUUAACAGAAAAUAAAUUGACUCAGUCACGAAAGUUAUGCAACCCAUCAGAGUUUCCAAUGAACAAUAUUCGACAAAUAUCAAUUACCGGUCGUUUAGUAGAUUAUACAACAAAUUGCCAAAAAAGUAUAAACAAUGCAACUAUUGAAAUUAUUUACGUACACUUAAAUCGUCGAUAUAAAUGUUCUAAACUUCAUUAUCCAAAUGUUUACGGUUCUUUUAAUUCAUCAAAUUUAAAAAUACAUUCGGAUGAAGAAAUUUUCAUACGAAUAACAGCACCGGGAUAUGAAAUCGUUGACAAGAAAAUUGAAAUACCAUUAUCAUAUCAACAAUUCAACGAGAUUAAUUUCUAUUGGCAAAUUGGUUUAACAACAGCUAAAAUACAAACUGAAUCAACACAGAAUCAACGUAUGAAAUCUAUUGUUGAUGAUCUUUUAGCUGAGAUGACAUUAGGUGAAAAAAUUGGCCAAUUAAAUUUAGAAGGUUUCAGUUUUAAUGAUGAUGGUCCAAUUAUUACUGAUGAUCAGCGGAGAAAAAUCUCUCGUGGUGAAAUCGGCGCUGUGUUGAAUAUUUUCACCCCAAAAGCUAUUCGUCCAUUACAAGAACUUGCAAUCAAUAGCAGUCGUCUUAAAGUACCUUUUAUGUUUGGUUUAGAUGUGAUUCAUGGAUAUAAAACGAUCUUUCCAGUGCCAUUAGCUAUGAGUUCAACAUGGAACAUAACAUUAAUUCAACAAAGUGCACGUAUUGCAGUUCGAGAAGCGACUGCUGAUGCUAUUAACUGGGUGUUUUCACCUAUGGUUGACAUAGCACAUGAUCCACGUUGGGGAAGAAUUAUGGAAGGUUCCGGAGAGGAUCCUUGGUUAGGUAGUCAAGUCGCAGCAGCAAUGGUACGUGGUUAUCAAGGAGGUAAUUUAAGUGACGUGGAUACAGUCAUGGCUUGCUUUAAACAUUUUGGUUUAUAUGGUGCCGCCGAGGGUGGCAGAGACUACAAUACGGUUGAUAUGAGUCCUAUAGGAAUGUAUGAAUUUUAUCUUCCGCCUUAUCGUGCUGCUGUUGAAGCGGGUGCUGAAAGUGUGAUGACUUCAUUUAAUGAUAUCAAUGGUAUUCCAUCAACAGCUAAUCAAUGGUUGUUAAAUGAUUUACUUCGUCAACAAUGGAAUUUUACUGGAUUUGUGGUAACAGAUGCUGGAUCAAUUGGUGAGUUGAUUCGUCAUGGUUUAGGUGACUUACAAGAAGUAAGUGCACAUCUACCCAGGACGAACGUUCCGGCCUCCGGAUCCGAAAGGAACCUGCCGGAAAUCCCGCUUUUCCGAGGAUAUUCCGGAUGGUUCCAGCUAGCUCCAAAAGGUUCCAACCGAAAAACAAAGGAGAGUGGAAGCGGUAUUCCGAUCGAAAUUUCUCGGACUGUUCUGGUGAAUUCCAGUUGUUUUCCGACUGGAACUUACUGGAAAAUAGUCAGAAGCGAGUGGAAAAGUCCGAAAAUAUCCGGGUCGGAAUCCUGCUUCCAUGAAAUGACCGGAAUUUUCUGGUUCCGGCCGGAGCCGGCUCAGAUUUUUCGACCUGGGAUACUCCAGCACCGUAAAAUUAGCAUCUUAUUAAACAAAUAA